UCAAGGUUUGAAUCCAUGUGACAAGAAACCUUGUCGUGAAGAUGAAUUAUGUAUACUCAUUCUAUCUUCAUCACGUCACAUCUGUUUAAAACGAGACGUCGAUUGUGGCAAUCUCAUUCUAGACGUAAGUUUAACAAUGGUGGAUCUUCCGGUUCCGGCUUCGUUUAAUUUGCAAGCUAAAUAUACCUGUACAGAAGGCUAUAAUUAUGCAAAUGGAACGGGAUUAUCGACAUGUAUGGCGGAUGGGGUUUGGACUCCUGUUGAUCUACAAUGUGAAGAAGUUGAUUGUGGUAAUAUAACGUUAUUAGAAGGAAUGAGCUUGGUAAAUCAAUCUUACACUACAACCUAUAACCAGUCUGUAGAAUAUGUCUGUAUUGUGGGCUAUAAUUAUAUAAACGGAUCAGGUUUAUCUACCUGUAAAUCUGAUGGAAACUGGACAGAUAUAGAUCUAAUAUGUGAAAUCGUACGGUGCGGGGAUCCUGUUGACACAGCACAGGGUAUGGCUUUAUUCUAUGUGGACAAUGCUGAUAUAACUUAUGGGGUAAAGGCACUCUACCAAUGUGAUAUUGAUUACAAUCAGACUGGAAAUGGGACUGGUAUCUCUGAAUGUCAGCUGGAUUCAUCUUGGUCGAGGAUUGAUCUAAAGUGUGAAUUGAUUGAUUGUGGGGCGAUACCAGAACCUGAUCACGCUGUCGUCAUUUCCACACCCACAAAUACAACCAUUAAUACAUCUGUACAUUAUAAAUGUGAUGAUAUUAGUAUUCAUAUGGAGGGUAACACAGAUACGAUAUGCCAGUCAGAUGGGCGGUGGUCUCCACUAAAUAUAUCUUGCUUUGUAGUAUGUAGGGCAUUUAUCACUCCUGAGCAUGCACAAGCUGUAAACACUAUGAUGCCAGCAUUUGUUGGACAUGUGACUAUGUUUCGGUGUAAAACAACUGAAAAUGCUGUAUAUAUCUCUGGUAAUGCAUCCAUAGAGUGUCAAGAUAAUGGAGAAUGGACAACCUCGGACCUUGUGUGUGAGGUAAGAUGCUCCUCUCCUCCAUCAACGGUGGGAAAUUUUCAGGUGAAAAAUGCUCCAACAGCCCGGUCUUUCAUAUUGGGGACAGAAGUUGAAUACUCCUGCACCCUAGUUGGAUUAACAUUGAUUACGGAGAUAAGUAGUUGUACUGAGAACGGGUGGACCGAACCCGUAUCAUUGUUAUGCAGGGUUACCAACUUGGAGGAUGGAAGUGAUGAUUAAACAUUAUGGGGAUACUCGAACGGAUAUUCCGGAAUCUAAUUCUCUCAAUCGCAAAAAUAGCAACAAUCGACUGAAAAGGCGAUUUCGGGCUACAACGGAUGUGCCGACUUCAUAAGAAAAUGUCUGAACCAACCAUGACAGCUUAAACAUAUUCCUUAAGCAUAUUCCUUA